CUCAAACCAUCCGGUAAAAUGGCGCCUUUGCUUUGUCUCCACUAUUCAAUAUUUUAAAAUUUUUCUAAAAUACAAAUUACUGAGAAUUAUCUGUUUUACAUCUCCGGGACGACGUGCCAAGAACUACACGUGUCUCAGUCAUUUAAGAAAUGACAAAAGAGUACAGUUAAAUGAGUAGAACCUCAGCUGAAUCUACAGACCAAAUGAUGGAGCGGGAAGUAGGUCAACUUCCCAUUACAGACCAGAUGGAGGAGGAGGAGGAGGUGGAGCCUGGGAGCUCAGCAGAGACUGAGAGACCCUCCUCUUCUCACACCAAGAGGAAGCCUGCUGUUACAGCCAAGCACACCGGAGGGAAUGAGUCUGACACCUCGGACGAGAGUGGACAGGAAGAUGGCGCCUCUGACAACCCCUCAGAUGAUACCACUUUGCAGGAGAGGAUAGACUGCACCGCCUGUGGACAGCAGGUCAACCACUUCCAGCGCCACUCAGUGUUUGAACACCCGAUGCUCCAUGUGCUCCUCUGCAAGUCGUGUUAUAAGUAUUACACCAGCGAUGACAUCAGUAAAGACGAGGACGGCAUGGACGAACAGUGCAGGUGGUGUGCUGAAGGUGGCAACCUGAUCUGCUGUGACUACUGCCACAACGCCUUCUGUAAGAAGUGUGUCCUGCGUAACCUGGGGCGCAAGGAGCUGUCCAUGAUCACCGAUGACGACAGUAAAUGGUCCUGCUAUAUCUGCAGCCCUCAGCCUCUCUCAGACAUCGCCUCCAACUGCGCCAACAUCUUGACCAAGCUGGAGAGCUUCUGGCGCACGGGAUGCAAGAAAGAGAGGAAGGAGGUGAAAGGGCACAGUAAGGGUAAAGGUCACCACCACCAUGGUAAAGCUGUGGUGAACGGUAAGGAACAUUCAGACGGGUCAGGGACCCUCACCUUCUCCUUUAAGACCCUGAAGGUCCUCAAGGAGCUGGUGAAGAGGACCAAGAAGCUGAUUGAGACGACCACAGGGCUCAACAGCACCUUCAUCCAGCAGGCUGAGGAGGAGCAGGGAGCAGGAGGAGGUGGCAGCGGGACCAGACACCUCAAGGCCUUCAGGUCUGUUCUGGCUGAUAUGAAGAAGGCCCAUGCUGCCCUAGAGGAGGACUUGGAGUCACGGUUCACUUCCCAGGACCAGGGGAUGCAGAACGGGGAUGCUGUUUCCAACACCCAUGAUGGCCACGAUCAGAUUGACAACAUGGUUGAGGAUGGACAGGAGGCAGAAGAGGAUAAAAUGGCCGACACUGAGGAUGGGGAGGAGCUAGAGGAGGAUGGGGGCUUGUCAGAGGACGCAGAGAUGGAGGGGAGCCCCGCCCCCGCACCUCAGGACCACUCGGACACAGAGACAGACAGCCAGGCCAAAGACCAGACAGCAGUGGAGGAGGAUGAAGAAGAAGAGGAGGAGGAGGGUGACCGGGAUAAAGACAUUGUGUCCGUCGGUCCGGCCGUCCCUGACGAGCUCUUCCAAAUGGUAGAGAGUCUGGCGGACUCCGCAGCGUUAAAGCCCAGCAACGACGCCAUGGAAACCACCGCUGCUAGCCAAUCCGAGAGCCCCGCCGCCGACUCAAACAGGAAGUCACUUAAAACCCAUAAGGAGAAAGCCAUGCCCAAGGUGAAGAACCUGAUCGUGAAGCUGACGCCCGUUCCAGUGGUUACCACACGCACCACCAGGUCUAUGAGCAAGGAUGGAGGGAAGGAGAAGGAGAAGAGUAAGGAUGGAGGCAAGGAGAAGAGUAAGGAUGGAGGCAAGGAGAAGAGUAAGGAUGGAGGCAAGGAGAAGAGUAAGGAUGGAGGCAAGGAGAAGAGUAAGGAUGGAGGCAAGGAGAAGAGUAAGGAGGAGGUGGAGGAAGGUGGGGGCUCUGAGGAGAGGAGUAAGGAUGGAGGCAAGGAGAAGAGUAAGGAGGAGGUGGAGGAAGGUGGGGGCUCUGAGGAGAAGAGUAAGGAGGAGGUGGAGGAAGUUGGGGGCUCUGAGGAGAAGAGUAAGGAGGAGGUGGAGGAAGGUGGGGGCUCUGAGGAGAAGAGUAAGGAGGAGGUGGAGGAAGUUGGGGGCUCUGAGGAGAAGAGUAAGGAGGAGGAAGGUGGGGGCUCUGAGGAGAAGAGUAAGGAGGAGGUGGAGGAAGGUGGGGGCUCUGAGGAGAAGAGUAAGGAGGAGGUGGAGGAAUGUGGGGGCUCUGAGGAGAAGAGUAAGGAGGAGGUGGAGGAAGGUGGGGGCUCUGAGGAGAAGAGUAAGGAGGAAGGUGGGGGCUCUGAGGAGAAGAGUAAGGAGGAGGUGGAGGAAGGUGGGGGCUCUGAGGAGAGGAGUAAGGAGGAGGAAGGUGGGGGCUCUGAGGAGAAGAGUAAGGAGGAGGUGGAGGAAGGUGGGGGCUCUGAGGAGAAGAGUAAGGAGGAGGUGGAGGAAGGUGGGGGCUCUGAGGAGGACAGCCGCCGAUCCAGCCGCACAAAGACCACACCCCUCAGGAAGUCACCGGACGGGAAGAACAAGAUGGCCGAAUCCUCUCCGGAGAACAGUGACUCAGAGGGCAAGAGUCCCAGCAGGCUGAAGAGUAGAGCCAAAGGCAGCUCGGAGAAGGAACGUGAGGAGGAGGUGCAGCAGAGCAAUGCCUCAUCCAAGGUGACCGCUGACCCUGACUCUGACGAGGUUCUGGACAUCCUGCUCCAGACUGCAGCGGCAGAACACAGCUCGGACGAGGAUCCGCAGCAGGACGCCGAUGGUAACCAGGGCAACAGGAGCUUCAAAAGGUGCCUGUUCAAACUCAGCAAGAAAGAUGGAGAGGAGGAGGAGAAUGACAAGGUGAAGACUGACAAGAAGCUGGCGGCCAAACGCAAACUGAAAGCUGACGAUUCAGACAACUCAGAGUCCGACUCAGACGAAGACGCGAAGAAGAAGAAGAAAAAGAAGUCCUCAGCUUCUGCCAAAAAGACAUCCAAGAAGAAGGGCUCGGACGGCUCCUCCGACUCGGACCUGGAGAUGAAGGGACUCAGCAAACUGGCGACGGGGAAACGGAGGAGCAGCCGUGUGAAGAAGGAAAGAGAGGAGAAGGAGAACAAGGGCGGAGAUCGGAGGCGGUCAUACGAACUGAAACGCAAAGCCAGAAGUAGAGGAGCCAAGCAGCAAGAUUCAUCGUCUGAUGACGAGGAGGGAGGAGGGUCUGGAGAGGAGAGUGGAGACCAGCAGAAGAUUAAACCCAUCGUGGAGGAGACGGUGGUAGCAGGGAGGGGAACCUUCCACCAGUCCUCAGGAGAUGAAGGUAACCAUGACGCUUCUCAGAUGGCCGACGAGGAGGACGAUGAUGAUGAGCCUGAGAACAGAAUUGCCAAGAAGAUGCUGGCCCAGAUCAAGGCUAACUACUCUUCAGGAGCAGAGGAGAGCUCUGACGAGGACGGAGAAGAGAAGCAACAGAAGAAGGGGAAGGGAGGAGAGGAGCAGGAGGAGGACGACGAUGAUGAUGAUUAUGAAGGGGGCUCUGGCUCUGAUGUGGACGUGAAGACGAGUGUGGGGCGUCGCCACCGGCUGCUCCGCCACAAACUGACGCUGUACGAAGUGGAGUCGGGACAGGAGAAGGAGAAACCAGCCAGCAAGGGGAAGAAGAAGAAGGAGACCAAGAGGACCAGACGGAAAGUGGGUAGUGAUGACUCAGCAGACCCAGACUUUAAGGAGUCAGCUAGCAGCAGUGAGUCAGGAGUUAGUGAGGAGAUCAGUGAGAAGGAAUUGUCGUCAGAGGAGGAGUCUGAGAAGGAAGGCAGUAGACACAGGAGGACCACGCGCUCCUCCGUGAAGAAGAAGGAGGAGAGGAGCUACGCCCAGAAGAAGAAACGGCGCCGCGUCAAGGCCCAGGAUUCUUCAUCCGACGACAAGAGCGGGUCAGGAGAGGACGGCUCGGGGAAGGAGGAUGGAGACACUCCUAAAGGACAGAGGAAGAAGAUCAGAAAAAUCCUCAAGUACGACGAGCUGAGGACGGAGACGAGGGAUGCCCUGAAGGAGGAGGAGGAGAGGAGGAGACGCAUCGCUGAGAGGGAACAGCUCAGGGAGAAACUCAGAGAGACUCUACAUGUCCCUCCCGAUCAGGUACUCGUGGUGGAGGAGGCGUCCGCCGUGGCUCGUCCAAUCACAACCAAGCUGGUGCUGGAUGAAGACGAGGAGACCAAGGAGCCCAUGGUGCAGGUUCACCACAAUCUGGUCACUAAGCUCAAACCACACCAGGUCGACGGAGAUGAAGGUAACCAUGACGCUUCUCAGAUGGCCAAUGAGGAGGACGAUGAUGAUGAACCUGAGAACAGAAUUGCCAAGAAGAUUCUGGCCCAGAUCAAGGCUAACUACUCUUCAGGAGCAGAGGAGAGCUCUGACGAGGACGGAGAAGAGAAGCAACAGAAGAAGGGGAAGGGAGGAGAGGAGCAGGAGGAGGACGACGAUGAUGAUGAUGAUGAAUGGUGCUCUGGCUCUGAUGAGGACGUGAAGACGAGUGUGGGGCGUUACCACCGGCUGCUCCGCAACAAACUGACGCUGUACGAAGUGGAGUCGGGAGAGGAGAAGGAGAAACCAGCCAGCAAGGGGAAGAAGAAGAAGGAGACCAAGAGGACCAGACGGAAAGUGGGUAGUGAUGACUCAGCAGACCCAGACUUUAAGGAGUCAGCUAGCAGCAGUGAGUCAGGAGUUAGUGAGGAGAUCAGUGAGAAGGAAUUGUCGUCAGAGGAGGAGUCUGAGAAGGAAGGCAGUAGACACAGGAGGACCACGCGCUCCUCCGUGAAGAAGAAGGAGGAGAGGAGCUACGCCCAGAAGAAGAAACGGCGCCGCGUCAAGGCCCAGGAUUCUUCAUCUGACGACAAGAGCGGGUCAGGAGAGGACGGCUCGGGAAGGAGGAUGGAGACACUCCUAAAGGACAGAGGAAGAAGAUCAGAAAAACCUCAAGUACGACGAGCUGAGGACGGAGACGAGGGAUGCCCUGAAGGAGGAGGAGGAGAGGAGGAGACGAUCGCUGAGAGGGAACAGCUCAGGGAGAAACUCAGAGAGACUCUACAUGUCCCUCCCGACCAGGUACUCGUGGUGGAGGAGGCGUCCGCCGUGGCUCGUCCAAUCACAACCAAGCUGGUGCUGGAUGAAGACGAGGAGACCAAGGAGCCCAUGGUGCAGGUUCACCGCAAUCUGGUCACUAAGCUCAAACCACACCAGGUCGACGGAGAUGAAGGUAACCAUGACGCUUCUCAGAUGGCCAAUGAGGAGGACGAUGAUGAUGAACCUGAGAACAGAAUUGCCAAGAAGAUUCUGGCCCAGAUCAAGGCUAACUACUCUUCAGGAGCAGAGGAGAGCUCUGACGAGGACGGAGAAGAGAAGCAACAGAAGAAGGGGAAGGGAGGAGAGGAGCAGGAGGAGGACGACGAUGAUGAUGAUGAUGAAUGGUGCUCUGGCUCUGAUGUGGACGUGAAGACGAGUGUGGGGCGUCGCCACCGGCUGCUCCGCCACAAACUGACGCUGUACGAAGUGGAGUCGGGAGAGGAGAAGGAGAAACCAGCCAGCAAGGGGAAGAAGAAGAAGGAGACCAAGAGGACCAGACGGAAAGUAGGUAGUGAUGACUCAGCAGAUCCAGACUUUAAGGAGUCAGGAGUUAGUGAGGAGAUCAGUGAGAAGGAAUUGUCGUCAGAGGAGUCUGAGAAGGAAGGCAGUAGACACAGGAGGACCACGCGCUCCUCCGUGAAGAAGAAGGAGGAGAGGAGCUACGCCCAGAAGAAGAAACGGCGCCGCAUCAAGGCCCAGGAUUCUUCAUCCGACGACAAGAGCGGGUCAGGAGAGGACGGCUCGGGGAAGGAGGAUGGAGACACUCCUAAAGGACAGAGAAAGAAGAUCAGAAAAAUCCUCAAGUACGACGAGCUGAGGACGGAGACGAGGGAUGCCCUGAAGGAGGAGGAGGAGAGGAGGAGACGCAUCGCUGAGAGGGAACAGCUCAGGGAGAAACUCAGAGAGGUACUCGUGGUGGAGGAGGCGUCCGCCGUGGCUCGUCCAAUCACAACCAAGCUGGUGCUGGAUGAAGACGAGGAGACCAAGGAGCCCAUGGUGCAGGUUCACCGCAAUCUGGUCACUAAUCUCAAACCACACCAGGUCGACGGGGUCCAGUUCAUGUGGGACUGCUGUUGUGAGUCGGUGAAGAAAACCAACAAGAACUCUGGUUCUGGAUGUAUCCUGGCUCACUGUAUGGGCCUGGGAAAAACAUUGCAGGUGGUAACCCUACUCCACACACUACUGCUGUGUGAAAAGUUAGACUUCUCCACGGCUCUGAUCGUCUGUCCCCUCAACACCGUUCUCAACUGGCUCAAUGAGUUUGAGAAGUGGCAGUACGGCUUCAAGGACAAGGAGAGUUUAAAGGUGACGGAGCUGGCCACGGUGAAGCGUCCUCAGGAGAGAGCGUCUGCUCUGCAGCAGUGGCAGGAGGAUGGAGGAAUCAUGAUCAUUGGCUAUGAGAUGUACCGUAACCUCACACAGGGUAGAGACACCGAGAGCAAGAAACUCAAAGAGACCUUCCAGAAGACCCUGGUUGACCCAGGCCCAGACUUUGUGAUCUGUGAUGAGGGCCACAUCUUGAAGAACGAGGCGUCGGCCAUCUCUAAAGCCAUGAACUCCAUCAAGACCCGACGGAGAGUGGUGCUCACCGGCACUCCGCUGCAGAACAACCUCAUAGAGUGUAUGUCCGUUACUUCCUGUUAUAUCCAGACCGCUGGCCUACAGGGCAUUCGGAAAUAAUUCAGGCCCCUGGACUUUUAACACAUUUUGUUACGUUACAGCCUUACUCUAAAAUGGAUUUUUAAAAAGUCCCCCCCCCUCAUCAAUCUACACAUAAUGACUAAGCAAAAACAGGUUUAGACAUUUUUGCUAAUUCAUAAAAAAAUACAAAACUGAAAAAUCACAAGUACAUUUAGUAUUCAGACCCUUUACUCAGUACUUUGUUGUAGCACCUUUGGCAGCGAUUACAGCCUCCAGUCUUCUUGGGUAUGACGCUACAAGCUUGGCACACCUGUAUUUGGGGAGUUUCUCCCAUUCUUCUCUGCAGAUCCUCUUUGGUUGGUGGAGGGCCUAAAAGCCCUCCCAGGUCCACCCAUUGACUGUGCCCCUGCCCAGUCAAGUGAAAUCCAUGGAUUAGGGCCUAAUUAAUUAAUUUAAAUUCACAGAUUUUCUUUCUCAGUAAAAUAUUAGAAAUUGUUGCAUGUUGAUUUUGUUCAAUAUAGUAAGUUAUAUGGACUCUUGUGUUAAAUAGCAGGGGUUGACCAUUUUUUUCAUGACUACCUCUGUCCCCCAUACAUACAGUUGAAGUUAGCAUUGCCUAUAAAUUGUUUAACUUGGGCCAAAAGCUUCAGGUAGCCUUCCACAAGCUUCCCACAAUAAAUUAGGUGAAUUUUGGCCUGCUCCUCCUGACAGGGCUGAUGUAACGGAGUCAGGUUUGUAGGCCUACUUGCUCGCACGCUUUUUCAGUUCUGCUCACAAAUGACCUAUAGGAUUGAGGUCAGGGCUUUGUGAUGGCCACUCCAAUACCUUGACUUUGUUGUCCUUUGUUGUCCUUAAGCUAUUUUGCCACAACUUUGGAAGUAUGCUUGGGGUCAUUGUCCAUUUGGAAGACCCAUUUGCGACCAAGCUUUAACUUCCUGACUGAUGUCUUGAGAUGUUGCUUCAAUAUAUCCACGGAAUUUUCCCUCCCUCAUGAUGCCAUCUAUUUUGUGAAGUGCACCAGUCUCUCCUGCAGCAAAGCACCCCCACAACAUGAUGCUCCCACCCCGUGCUUCAUGGUUGGGAUGGUGUUCUUUGGCUUGCAAGCCUCCCCCUUUUUCCUCCAAACAUAACAAUGGUCAUUAUGACCAAACAGUUCUAUUUUUGUUUCAUCAGACCAGAAGACAUUUCUCCUAAAAGUAUGAUCUUUGUCCCCAUGUGCAGUUGCAAACCGUAGUCUGGCUUUUUAAUGGUGGUUUUGGAGCAGUUGAUUCUUCCUUGCUGAGCGUCGAUAUAGGACUCGUUUUACUGUGAUUAUAGAUACUUUUGUACCUGCAUCUUCACAAGGUCCUUUGCUGUUGUUCAAUGACAGCCUAGGAACAGUGGGUUAACUGCCUUGUUCAGGGGCAGAACAACAGAUUUUUACCUUGAUCAGCUCAGGGAUUCGAUCCAGCAACCUUUCAGUUACUAGUCCAACGCUCUAACCACUAGGAUACCUGCUGUACAUAUCAUUCAUAGUAUAUCUUGUGUAGAUACCUAUGGAUUACUGUUAGUGUUAUUUGGGUUGUUAAUUAGAUUCUUUCUGACAUUUCUUUUUUAAAUUGAUUAUUUGUGUGCCAGUUUGACAUUUUAAUGCAUUGUUAGGCGCUGUAACAUAAGCAUUUCGCAGCCCCGCUAUAACAUCUGCUGAACUGUUUAGGUGACCUUUGAUUUGACCUUAGGACAAAACCUCAAUACAACCACACAGCCCUUGACCGCUCUGUCAGCCUACACCCGGGACACACAACAUCAACACAACCCUCAUUUGACUGCCCCUGGGGACACAGACAACACUGACCCCCAGUAGACUGCUAUCUAAAGGACAGGUUGGUGUACAGUCAACCUCGGUGCAGGUUAGUUAGCGACUCUCAAACCCAAGAUAACUGGAACACAGCAUGGAUUACACGGAACCCAAACCGGCUGCUCGCGUGCGUCUUCAUGCAUUUAUUUUGUCCCCCCCCCACACCAAACGCGAUCACGACACACGCAGGUUAAAAUAUCAAAACAAACGGAACCAAUGACAUUCAUUUGGGGACAGGUAGAAAAGCAUUAACCAUGUAUGGCUAUUUAGCUAGUUAGCUUGCACUUGCUAGCUAGCUUGCUGUUGCUAGCUAAUUUGUCCUGGGAUAUAAACAUUGAGUUGUCAUUUUACCUGAAAUGCACAAGGACCUCUACUACGAAUAUUAAUCCACACAUAAAACGGCCAACCGAAUCAUUUCUAGUCAUCUCUCCGUCUUCCAGGCUUUUAUGGUUUAUGGUGAUCGCAUCAAAACUUUUGUAUUACCACGACUAACGGCAAAAAAAAAAGUUAAUCUUUCAUUCACCCACGUGGGUAUAACCAAUGAGGAGAUGAGACGUGGGUACCUGCUUCUAUAAACCAAUGAGGAGAUGGGAGAGCUAGGACUUUCAGCGCGAUCUGCGUCAGAAAUAGGAAUGAGUUCUAUUUUAGCCGUUGGCGUCGCAGACGCUCUUUGGCGCGCGCGAGCAGUGUGGAUGCAAUAAUUGAAUAACAUGGAUUUCUACAUUUAUUUUGCGACGCUCGCGCACGCGACGUGUCCGGUCUGGUCAGCAUGUUAGGCUGCAUUCAAAUCAGCGACGUCACUACAGAUUCAUGGAAAGGGGUGGUUUGGCAUACUUCCUGUCAGUUUACUGUUAGCUAGCAGGCUCAAGCCACAGAAGUAGCUAACAUUAACUUGAAUAUUAGCGGUACAUUUUCGAGUGUGCAUCAACAAUUCAGCAGAGCAAGUUUGUAUGAAGGUCUAGUUCUUAAAUGGGUACAUAGUUCAAUAGUAAUAUCCUCUAAAACGCUCUGGUGACAAACAAACUUUGCUGCCCUGUUUUCAAUUGUCCCCAUGGCUGGGAGAACCUAUUCAAGUAAAUAUAUUUCAGAAAUGAAAAAAACAAAACAAAAACGGAUGUAUUAUUAGCUACAGUGCAGGCGAACUCAAAUUAGCUAUCUAGCCAACUUCAAAUACUGCAUAGAUAAUGUUAGCAGCUAGAUGUAUUUAUCACUGUAAAAAAACAAACUCCAAAUGCAUUUGUAGGUAGCUAGUUAACGACCAUGGAGGGUGAAAGGAGGUAGCUAGUUAACGACCAUGGAGGGUGAAAGGAGGUAGCUAGUUAACGACCAUGGAGGGUGAAAGGAGGUAGCUAGUUAACGACCAUGGAGGGUGAAAGGAGGUAGCUAGUUAACGACCAUGGAGGGUGAAAGGAGGUAGCUAGUUAACGACCAUGGAGGGUGAAAGGAGGUAGCUAGUUAACGACCAUGGAGGGUGAAAGGAUAGCAGCCCCAACUGUCAGUGAGAGAGGAGGCUAUUCUGGAAAGGUCAGGUACUUGUGUGUAGUUCCUGUUCCUAGAAGUGAGGAGAGAGAUAAUACUAACUAAUAUUCAGUGUGGUGUAAUUUGACUAUAAUGAAGUGUGUUUCUUGUGAGGUUUUCUGUCCUCAGACAAAGAGAGCUAUGAAAGCCUGUCGCCAUAUGAAGAGCAGUGGUUCUCAGUCCUGGGGACUCAAGAGGGGCACAUUGUUGUUUUUGCCUUAGUACUUCACAGCUGAUUCAGUUGAUCAACUCAGGAUGCCAACCCCCAGUCCUAUCAUCGGCCACCUCACCCGCUUUUAAGAACCUUUGUGCUGUCGAGAAAUGCUUAUGUAAUUGUGAUAAACUAAGAGAAUAUUUAUGUAGCACUGUGAUUCAUUAAUCAUAUGCUGCCCUCCCUGCUCCUGUGUUUGACCUCUUUCCUUUGGUGUUUUUACACCUCUUUCUUCCUCUGUUUUCUAAUGAAGUACAGAUCCAACUUGUAUUUAUAACACUUGGAUAAUGAGCUUAUUUCAAUAAAGCAUUUUACAUUCUCUA